CUGUCCACGGAUGCAUUAGACGCUGCUGGAGUCUGAAGGUUUCAUUCAUCAGCUGUGAACAUGUUCUGCUACUGGGGAGCGCAGGUCAGAGAGGGCUUCGGUCUCUCACAGCCUGAUAAAGUCAAACAUGGCGAUUGUGGAAUACGAUCCGUGUGUCCUAAAUCAGCAGUUCAGGACAUGUCAGCUGGAAGGAGUUUUGUUGGAUUUAUCAGGAAUGGGAAAGUCUCGGUCCUGAAAUUACGCGGUGAAAACUGUGAUCACGAUGGAAAACUAAAGCAACCACAGCUAAAGAAUGACAGAAUCAUAUUUAUAUCGAUUGUCUGUGGAGGAUCUGGUGCGGUUCUUCUUGCUGAUGGAGGAAGAGUUCUUACUAUGGACAAAUCUACUGUGUGCAGUCCUCUUAAAGGUCUGGAAAACAAGCAGGUGAUUCAGAUCGCGUGUGGAGACCAGCAUUCAAUGGCACUAACCAGGGAUGGUCAGCUGUUUGUAUGGGGUGAUAACUCUCACGGUCAGCUGGGUUUGGAGAAAGAACAGCCCAGGUCUCUGUCAGCUCCUCAACGCAUGGAGAGUCUGUGUGGGAUCCCACUGGCUCAGAUCAGCGCUGGAGGAGACCACAGCUUUGUGUUAUCUCUCUCUGGAGUCGUGUUCGGAUGGGGAAAGAACUCGGCUGGACAGCUGGGCCUCGGAGACACUACAGACAGACACGUCCCAACGGUUGUAAAUAGUCUGAACCGAAAGAAAAUUGUGUCCAUCUCAUGUGGAGGGGAACACACUGCGACUCUAUCAAAGGGCGGCACAGUGUUCACAUUUGGAUCAGGAGGUUUUGGCCAGCUUGGGCACAACUCAUUUAAAGACGAACAUCAUCCGCGGGUCGUUGCUGAACUGUGGGGAUCUAAAGUGUCCCAGGUCACAUGUGGGAGACGUCACACACUCGUAUCAGUCGAAUCGUCAAAGCUGAUCUAUUCAUUUGGAUGUGGGAUGCAAGGGAAGCUGGGAAAUGGAGAAAUGAUCAAGCAGUCUGUGCCUUUCCCUGUGGAUCUCUCAACUGAAUGUGGUCAUGCAUAUAUGAUUGAAAAAGUAAUCGCGGGGGAGAAUCAUUCCUUUGCCCUGUUUUUCAAGGAACCUGGGAAUGAGUCUAAACCAAAUCCAAGGAGAGGGAUUUUGACAUUAGAUAACAGAAUGAUUGACCGAUGGGUGUCUGGAAGUGAUUCAUGGAAAGUGAUAAAGAAGGACAUAAACAAAGUGUUCUCCUCGGCUGCCUCUCUGAAUGGAAGUUUCCUCAAAACAAGUUGUGAUGAACAUUAUCAGAUGUCUGAGGAGCAUUGUGUGUUGGAUUUUGAUCUGGUUAAAGCAUCCUUUGCAAAGUUAUCAAACAAUGAAAGGUUGAUCUCAGAGGUAGUGAAGGUAGUUCAACAGACACUCCUGCCGUCUCUGUAUCCAAAUCCAGCUGGUGUGGAAGCUCUGAGACUCUACCUUCUCCUCCCUGAGCUCAUCAGAGGACUCCAGGAACAACAAAGAACUGAACUCACUAAAGCAUUGGCCUCCAAAAUCCUUGAUCUGAAUCCUGCUGUUCUCAAGGUGUUAGAGAUGUACUGGUCCAAACUCCCUGAUGAUAUGCUCAAAAACUUGGUGGACUUAUUUCAAAAAGAGUCUGCUAUGUUAAUUGGCAGGAUUGCUGUUGGCAAGUUGGACUCUGACAAAGAGAAACACCUACUGAAAUUUGUGCAGAUCCUUCAGAUGGUCUAUCAGGUCUGCCGCAGUGCACACAGAGACAUCACAAAGAGUGAUUUCAUCAUUCAUGAGGUCAUUGGUCCUCUAGAUGUGCUUCAAACCAUCAAUGAAGAUGUGGAUAACUACAACAGGCAGCCGUUUUACUUGCCUGAACAAAUCCAGGCAUUAAUGGCACAGCAAAACUACUAUAAUAUCAAGAAAGCAUGA